GGAUGUCCUCGUGACAUGUUACCCCGUGACCUUGGCUGUCGCGACUACAACGUCCUCCAUCGAGAGGCUCGUCUCCUGGCGCACGGAUCGAGCGAGGAUAACGGCCGAUCGGUGCCCGUUCGUCCACGUGGAGUCGAAUACCGGCUGCUGCCCGUCGUGCAACUGAAACCCGAUUUCGCCAUCCCGUAUGUCCUCUGCUGGAGGGUGGCCAGCACGAUUCACAGGAUCCAGGUUCCGAUACAACACCAUCAGCAUCACCGUUAUCAGCGUCAUCAUCGACAACGUUGUCGACGUCACUUCCAGACGCCACGAAGACAUCCUGUCCCGGUCCAGCCCUCGUCCAGAUACCCUUCCCCGUACGGCUGCACCCUGCAACGUGGCAAUUUUCCUGCGGAACCUGGUAUGGAAACAAGGUACAAAGCGAAUCGUUGCGUGAGCGGGGGCGGUGGUCGCGGAAACGGUGCGACUGGCGGUACCGGAGGCGGUCUAGGUAACGGAGGCAGCGGCCGCGGAGGCGGCGGGGGAGGAGGAGGAGGCGGCGGCGGCGGAGGCGGCGGAGGAGGCGGAGGAGGAGGUCGCGGUGGAGGAAUAGACGGUGGCGCGGUGCCUGCUGCAGCACCACCGACCGUCGGCCAUUACCACCACCACCACCACCAUCACCAUCACCAUUAUCAUCACCUCGUCACCACGACCACCACCACUGGCGUCACCAGGCACCUCAGGCACAAGCUACCCCUCGGCAAGCAGUGCCUCGAACACCGUCAUCAGCACCGGCAUCACCAUCGGUCCCCCUAUCGGACCUUAAACAUGGGCCAAAAGAUUUCAGGCGGUGUGAAAAGCGUGACACGCGAGGCUGCAGCUGGAACUGUCGGUGGAGUCAGCGUCGGCGGUGGCGGCGUCGUAGCAUAUAAACCCGUGGUACCCAGAGAACUGGCGCAACACUUUGCAAGGCCACCACGGCUCGAUGUCCUGUUCGACAUGCCACCCGCCUCGCGGGAGAUGCAGAUUCAUCACAGCUGGAACGCCAACGAUCGUAGCCUCAACAUAUUUGUCAAGGAUGAUGACAAAUUAACGUUUCACCGACAUCCCGUUGCCCAGAGCACAGAUUGCAUAAGGGGGAGAGUGGGAUACACGAAAGGUAUGCACGUAUGGGAGUUGUUUUGGAGCACGAGGCAAAGAGGCACCCACGCCGUGGUGGGCGUCGCGACGGCAGAGGCACCACUUCACAGCGUCGGCUAUCAGAGCCUGGUCGGUAACAACGAACAGAGCUGGGGUUGGGAUCUCGGUAGGAAUAAGCUUCUUCACGAUUCGAAGAACAAUACCGGUAUCACGUAUCCGGCCCUACUCAAACCCGACGAAACGUUCAUCGUUCCUGACAAAUUCCUUGUGGUUCUGGACAUGGACGAAGGUACGUUAGCGUUCGUCGUAGAUGGCCAGUACCUCGGUGUCGCGUUCAAAGGACUGAGGGGCAAGAAACUACACCCUAUUGUUUCUGCCGUGUGGGGACACUGCGAAAUCACGAUGAAGUACAUCGGUGGACUUGAUCCCGAACCUCUGCCCCUCAUGGACCUCUGUCGAAGAGUAAUACGGAAACGAAUCGGCAAGGAGAAGAUAGAAGAGAAAGUGAACGCAUUGAGCCUACCGUUAGCAUUGAAAACUUAUCUCCUGUAUCGUGACAGGAGGUAACCACCGAAUGGUGUCUCGAAGGAAAGCACCACGAUCGCGAUUGUGAACACCACCGCGCUAUUAUUAUACCGUUGCCACCACGACGCACAGGGGAACGCCCGCUACCCCGUCGCCAGCCACCGAGCACAACAGCCCAUAAGCCGCUUCUACGAUCUAUGGUGUUUGUAUCCGUGUCGUCAGGAUAAAUCGAGACGAGCAACGACGGCAACACGAUCCGUAACUUGGUCGAUCGGUACCUUGUCCUCGUGUUCGUGUUCGUUAACCUCGUCGUCAUCGUUGGCAUGGUCAUCGUCGUCGUCGUUGUCGUUGUCAUGUUCAUUAUCGCCGUUGUCAUCGUCGUUGUUGUUAAUAACCUGAUCGUUUUUCGUCGUUGUCGUUCUUGGAUACGAUCGAACGACGUUUACACACGGGGACAAGAAAGAAAGAACAUAAACGCGGAACACACGCACGAGCCGGUCAUAUAUGUAUAUUGUAUAUCGGGUCUAGAUAAUUAUUUAGGUGAUAUUGUUGUCUUGUGUUAAAACGUCUUGCACGAUAAAAAUCGUGACGAAGUCUUUAUUGAUUGUUAAAUAAUUGAAGCAGAGGGCGGUACUCGUACGCGAUCGGGGUAUCAUCUCUUUUUUUUUUUUUCUAGUUUGAUAGCUUUUUCGCUCGACGCUGGCUUGUCUGUCUGUCUGUUUUCUCUUUUGAAUCGUUGGGAAAGGAACAUGUUCUGCGUGUGGAAAAAGACCGACGAGAAGUCGAGGAUCUAGAUUUAAUACGGGCUAGAGAAUACGUACGUGGCUCGAGCGAAAGAUGAAGUGACCACGAGAAGAAGAACCAACGAACAGCGCUUCAAACAGUUGGCCAGUAAAACACGUUAGACUUUAGUCGGAGUCUGAAGGCUGAUACGGGCAACGUUUCGAUUAUUAGUCAAAGAAAAUGGGUAGCGGGCUCGCUCUAGUCCGGCCACUGCGCGAAUAAUUACGAAGACGAUGAACAGCAGCAACAACAAGAUAAACGAACGACGUAUUUGGAACAAAGAAGAAUCGUCGAAGCGGACAUUUGUCGAAGAGAAGAAUGUGUACAGUGACGUGAAAGCCAGCCGAAUCGAACAGCCACCUUCCAAUAGACUCAUUUUUCAAGUAUUUUCUAAGCAUGCGAGGUUUAACGAAAAGUAGUAGUGGUGUGUAUGAAUCGUGGACGGACACGAUAAUCGAACGAAAGGGGAGAACUUCGAGGUGAUUCGUUUCUUCCUUUUUCUUUUUCUUUUCGUUCUAAAGCCCGCAAAGAAUACGUAUCAUAGCUACAAACGAAACGACGGUUUAACAAAAAUCACGAUGAAUUCGAAGGGUUCGAAUUUGAGCAGCGAGAGACAAACAUGAAUUACCUCGAAUUAUGUUAAUUGAAAACGAUCAAAACGAAGAUUAGACGUACGUAGUUAAACUUUAGGGCGAGCGAACGAACGAACGAACGAACACGGGGCAUAUGGCUGAGAAUAUUCCACACACGAAUUAAAACUGUCGACGGAGGGAAAAGAAAAGGCUGCGACACAGUGUAUAUGUGUGUGUGCGCACGCGUAUUAUUCGAUGCGAACUACGGCGACGAUCCAGACGAUCAUUACCGAGAAUGAUAAUGAUGAUGAUAAUGGUGAUUGAAUGAUAAUGAUGAUAGCAAACGAUUAUAAACGGGCGUGUUGCUACCUAUAACUAUUAGCAUGACAAAUUAUGACUGGUCCCUAGUAACUCUUUAAUCUUACGUUUGUCGCUUAAGUUUAAUGAUAAUGUGCCGAUAUCGGCGAUGUCGAUUUGUACAUAGGGUAUAAUUAUAAUAAUGAUAAUAAUAAUUAUAAUAAUAAUAAUAAUAAUAAUAAUAAUAAUAUCUAUCGGUACAACAAUGAAUGUAUUGUGGGUAGUGAUUGUAUCCAAGACCGUAAGGACGAACCGAAUGCGAGAAAAAAGAAAAAACAGUUCUAUCGUCGUGCAAACGCAAAAGCAAAAACACUGUCAUAUUUUUCUGAUCUUUUAAGUUUCUUGCAUGAUACCACGCAUUGUUGUUCAUUCUCCUCGACCGGGUUCCAACCGGGACUCGCAUCAAGAACGCGUCUUCCAAAUUGCCUGAUCGGACACACACAUACACACAGACACAUAGUUGCUCCGUAUUAAAAGCUAGAUUUUCUUUCGAACGAAUCAUAGCUACAGUUUAAGAAUCAGUUUCGUAGCCAUUCCCAACAAAAUAAAAACAAGCGCGAUCUCGCAAUCGGCUGCCAUCGCAAGCAUCUUGCGGUCCUCAAUACUACGCACACCCAAUUGCUGUCUGUUAGCAAUGUUCGCCUUCGUAAUAUUUGCUUCGAGACGAGAAGCAAAGCGAAGAGCAAAAUUGGCGACGAAUCAACGGAGGAGAAGGAGAUACGAGCGAACGAACGAGCGCCGCGAGCGUGCGAAGCCGAUCGAGCGGAAACGAAUGCUUCCUUCGCGCCGUCGAUGCUCGUCGUCGAAACGAUUCGAAAUUAACGUCGCCACGGUAGACGAUUACCGUGCGUAUUUUAUCGCGAAUCGACGUUCGUUCUCGUCGCGAGAAGCUGCGAGAAGCCCCUCUUGUUUGCUAAAUAAAACAGAGAGAAGGAAGCGAGCUCUUCUCGAUUGCGUUAAGAAAGAGAAAAAACGUGUUUCUGGAUAGAAGUAAACGGACAAAGCACAUAAAUAAGAGAGUAAAUCGUAUUAAAGAUAAAGAAAACCACACCACACACAUACACACUUGUAGAAAAGAUACAUACGAAGUACACUUUGUGGACGCGCGUUUUGAAACGAAGGAGAGGAAGAAAGGAAGAAAGGAAGAAAGCGAGCUUUCACAGGCACAGAAAAGAUGUUUCUUUCCUUUUGCUGUGAGAUACGCUUUUCAUCAACUGCUAUCGUCGUGUGCUGUAACUAUUCUCUAUUUUAUUGUAAUACGAAUGAUUUUUUUUGUUUCUUUUUUCUUCGUGCACCUGCCACGUUCCGAGCAUGAGACAAGGACAAAAAAAGAGUACAUAGCGUAUAGAAUGUUGUAUAUAUUAUUAAUUAAUGAUUAAUAUUAAUAUUAUUAUUAUUAUAUCGGCUCGAUAGUUUAAUUGAUUAAUGUCGUGUUAGUCGACAUAAUUGUGGAUUCAGUUUUUUCUACGAUAGGGAAGACGAUCUAUAUUAUACAAUUACGCGAUCGAUCGAUUGACUGGAUUUGGAUCGUGACAAACGGUUUAUCCACCUACCUAUUCUCGUGUUAGAAUUUUUUUAUUUAAAUCGCACCGAUACUUCGAUCGGUCACGAUGCUAAUAAAGCGAAUCGAAAGCAAAAAGAAACGUGUUUUAAUAUCGGCGCGCGUUAAUUUUUUUUAAACGUCGUUUUAUCUCGUCUAGUAUAUAAUUUGUUUUUUUAUUUUCAAAGAGUUUCUUGUUUUGUUUUACCCUCUUGAUUUUUUAUUUGACUUGUCUCUGUCAUUACGUGAAUAUCUUCGCACGUGAAAUUGUUUGUUUCAUUGUAUCUGAACGACGCUUUUUCGGGUCGAGUCUGUUUUAAUGUAUAACUUGACACGAGGAUCGAUCGGUCCAAAGACGCGACCGAGUUUCACUCGAUCAACAUGUUUUUAUAAUCGAAUUUAUUUGUAUUUCGUGGACGCUUUAAAUUCUUUUAUCUGUUCGAACCGACAAGCUUUUUAGUUUCAUUUCUCGAUUGAAACUUUCCACUUGUUACCUCUUCAAAUUAUUAUAAUAUUGAUGUUACUUGGAAUUUUUUUAGUUACUCGAUUAUAUUAGAACCUUCCGUCAUGUUUUUAUAGUUAUAGAGUUUAAUUUUUGUCGUCAUUAGUUUAUUACAAUAUUACUAUGUGGACCAAUAUCGGUCCCCGCAAUAUUUAACACGAUAUAACCUAUUGUUGGGUAUAACGAAGAAUAGAAAAUUGCGAAAAUGAUUUUCUGAAAUUAGCGGACGUUAAUUAUUACGGUAUUGGACGCGUCAAUCAUACAGCUCCGAUCACUAGAUCGAUCGAUCGAUCGUGCUACACGAAAAGUACAGGAAAAGCCUUUUUGCUCAUUGUCAUUGAAUGCUGCGACGUUCGAUUCGUUCGCAUCUGUCGCGAGAAGCAUUUGAAGCGUUUCGAAAUGUUUUUCGCGAACCGACUGCCUGUUGUGCAAAAACUACGUUGCCUCGACAAAUGUGUCUAAUUUAUUGACGACGCGAUAAUUAUCAGGACCUUUAAACUGCGUGCAAGUGAUAACCGAAUGAUAACCGCGUGCGUGUGCAUGUGCGUGCGUGUGCGUGUGUCGACAAGGGAAUGCGAGUGAAGAGAAGAGAGACAGAGAGAGAGAAAUUUGGUACACCGGGUGGUCUUCGAUAGAAUUCGUUCUUUCUCGAUUCUUUUACGUUUUGCGAACUUAGCUGAAAUUUUAGAGAGAACGCGACAAUCGUGUCCGUUCGACGGAGGACGAAGUUAACGAAAGACCACUUCCGGGAGGUCCGGCUUCGCGAGCGUGUCUCACGCGACUUUCUUCUUUUCCUCUUGUGUAUUUUGUUUCUCUGACGGAAAAAAAAACAUAAAAAUAAGCCUGGACUAUUUGCAACGAGCGAUCUCACGUCUAUUUAAGCAUAAGUUUACGAGUUUAGCGUGGUGUAUUUGCUGUAUAGCGGCGAGUGAACGCGAAGAAAAUUUAUAAAUAUGUAAUGCCUUAAUGUUCUAUCGAUAAAUAAUGGAUAGCGUUACUGUAUAAUUAGUUGUGACGCGAAUAAAAAGAAAAUGGAAACGACACGAUAGGAUUCAAGAGAAAGAAACGACGGUAGAGUAUGUUGACGAGGAACGAAGCAGGCAUACAUUGGAAAGACGUAUAUGACAGACAGAACAAGAUUUAAAAAAAGAGGAGCGCUGUAGGUGGUGACCGUUUGUCUCCAUUCUGUUCGUGAUUUGAUAUUUUUUUAUAAUUCAAACGACGAGAGAGAACGACUGGAGAGAUGGAGCGAGUAUAAAUGGAGCGUGUAUAGAGAGCGGACUGCUAUCUUAAAAUAGUUCAGGCUAGAUGUCGAUGUUUGUAGCAGAUAAAGGAAAAAAAAACACAGCAUAUUGUAAUUAAAAUUAAAAGUCAUUAAUA